AUGGCUCAUGGCCUGAAACCAUUGCUGAGGGCUCAUGACCUCCUCCAGGCCCAUCUGUGCAUCAGAGUAGGCAACAACGCCGCUAACCAUGUCAUAGAUAUCAGGAAAGACACCUAUGAAAUAUUUGCUGAACCGGUUGAUCCAAAUGAGGUUGAGAAUUAUUAUACAAUUGUCAAGCAGCCUAUGGAUUUUGGCACUAUGAGGGCUAAACUACACGAGGGAAUGUAUAAGACUCUACAACAAUUUGAGGUUGAAGUUUACAAACAUUGGUCAUGCAAUCAUGAUGUUUUUCUAAUAUUCAAUAAUGCGAUGAAUUUUAAUCCUCCCGGUACCAUAUACUUCAAACAGGCCCGUGUUAUAGGUGAGUUGGCUAAGAAAGUUUUUGAUGUAUUAAGAACCGAUCCUGAGAAGUUUGAAAUAGAGUUCUCAGAAACAAGGCAGCAAGUGGGUAAAAAAAACCAAAGAGAUUUUACGGAUUCAACACACGUUAAAUCCAAUAAAACAAUUAUUGAAGUCCCCUCACAUAAUGUGUCAUGUUCUUCCCAUGUUACGUCUAGCCGAAAAAUUGCCAAGACAAGUUUUCAUGACACCUCUAAGCAUGAUCAUGCUAGAGAUGUAGAGGUUCAUACAGGUAACAAAGACAUUCACAUAUGUACAUCUGUUGCAGUUGAUAGGCAUUGUACUUAUCGACGUUUUUACCGGGACGAGCCAAUAGUUUCAACAAUAUAUGAUGAUAGAUUAAAACUACUUGAGCAUGUUAGUCAACAAGAUAAUGGCUACAAAGAUAGCUUGAUGUUGUUUGUUAAAGAUUUAGGACCUACUGCCCAAAAUAUAGCUAAAAGAAAAUUACUUGGAUGUGAAAUUCGUACUGCAUCCGCUUUUUCUCCUGCAAGCUAUAUGUCGAUGUCUCAAAAUCCCUUGAAUAAAAUGAGAAGCUUCAAGGGAAAGACUAAUCUAGAGAUUGACGGUGAAGGAAAAAAGAUUGAAGGGUCUUCUUGUUCUAAUUAUCUAGAUUCAACUAAUUGUGUAGAAAAAUUUAAUCGCUCUAAUUGUGGAUCCAAAGAAUCUGACAAAAAGUCUAGGACGACAUUGGACAAGAAUCAAGAACAACUAUCACUGUCAACUCAAGAUAAAUGUCAAACAAAUAUUUUAGAGUCAAGGUUAGAAAGCAAUUACAAACUUCCACCGCGACCCUGGCUCUUGGUAAGUAAUGAAUAUGUUUCACAUUCCAAUCAAGAUAAAAUCUAUAUGCAAAAAUCAACUGCAGAGUGUGUAAUAGGUGAAUGUGAAAAUACAGAAGCACAAUGUUCAACUGUACCAUUGGCUUCCAAUUUUGUUUUCAAUCUUCCAUAUUUGAAGACACGUCUUGAUCAGAUAGACUCCUCAGAACAAUACAAACUCUUAUAG